CAGCCCUCGGUUCAAGUUCCGGGGCGCCGCGGAGCUCCUGGCCUGUGGAUUGCGCGCGAAGCCCUUCGGUUCCGGGGCCAGGGGCCCCGCGGCGGCCGGGAUGGAGGAGGCCGGAGCGGCGGUGGCCACGGCGGGGGAGGCCGAGUUGAACUUGUCCCGCCUCAGCAUGUCCCCGGAGACUGUGGAGUUGGAGCUGGAGGCGCGGGGCGAGGAGCGGCGCGGUGCUCGUGAGGCGCUGCUCCGGCUGCUGCUGCCUUAUAACCGUCUGGUGUCGCUGCCGCGGGCGCUGAGCAGCGGUUUCCAGCACCUCCAGCUGUUGGACGUGAGCGGCAACGCGUUGACCGCGCUCGGGCCGGAGCUGCUUGCGCUCAGCGGCCUGCGCACGCUGCUGGCCAAGAACAACCGGCUCGGCGGGCCCGGCGCGCUGCCCAAGGGCCUGGCCCAGUCGCCGCUCUGCCGCAGCCUCCAGAUGCUCAACCUCAGCGGGAACUGCUUCCAGGAGGUGCCCGCGUCGUUGCUGGAGCUCCGCGCGCUGCAGACCCUCAGCCUGGGGGGCAAUCAGCUGCAGAGCAUCCCGGCCGAGAUCGAGAACUUGCAGAGUUUAGAGUGUUUAUAUCUCGGAGGAAACUUUAUCAGAGAAAUCCCACCAGAAUUAGCAAAUUUGCCUUCUCUCAGUUACUUGGUAUUAUGUGACAACAAAAUCCAAAGUGUGCCUCCUCAGCUUUCACAGUUGCAUUCGCUUCGUUCCCUCAGUCUUCACAAUAACUUGCUGACAUACCUGCCUCGAGAGAUCCUCAACCUUAUUCAUUUGGAAGAGUUGAGUUUGCGAGGAAAUCCAUUGGUUGUUCGUUUUGUUAGAGAUUUAACCUAUGACCCUCCAACUCUCCUGGAAUUAGCUGCACGGACCAUUAAAAUUCGAAAUAUUUCCUACACUCCAUACGAUCUUCCUGAGAAUCUUCUUAGAUACUUGAGCUCAGCCAGCAAUUGCCCGAACCCAAAGUGUGGAGGAGUCUACUUUGACUGCUGUGUCAGACAAAUUAAAUUUGUGGACUUCUGUGGGAAGUACCGCCUCCCACUGAUGCACUACUUAUGUUCCCCAGAAUGUUCUUCCCCUUGCAGUUCUGCCUCUCACAGCUCCACAUCCCAGAGUGAAUCUGACUCGGAGGACGAAGCUAGUGUCGCUGCACACAGAAUGCAGAAAGUUCUUCUUGGUUGAAAAGAAUGGAGGGUGGUAUGAUACAUGUAAAAGAACUGAGCAAAGGUGAUUGGAAAAGAAAAAGACUUUGAAAUGGUAUCUUCAUCUUUAAUGUCCAUGAAAGAGUUGGAGAUGAUAGAAAAGAUUUUGUAUUUUAUCUUCCCAUUCAGCAGGAAUGAGUCCAGUUCCAUUUUUGGAUUCUUUGAAUAUAAUUCACUCUGAAUGAUGGUUUCGAAUUUAGCUGAUUGUUUGCAGUUUUAUUGUUUGCAAUUUUCACUCAAGUUUUGCAUGAAUCACAUGGCACAAUGGAGCAUUCUGAAGAGCAGUGCUAUAAUAAACCAUGGGUGGUGUAACAUGUGACUGUUGAGAUGAAGAAAGAAAUGAUCAGAGCUGUAAUUAUUACCAGAGUUGUCCUUGGGUUUAGACCGAACACUUGCCUUAACAGGAUUAGCCCUCCCUUCUUGUAUUGCCCAUGUGUCUAGAUUACAGAGCUAUUCACAUAAGCUCACAGAUGGUUACAUAGGACCUAACCCUUGCUGACCUACUAACUGGUAAAGUAAGGGAUAUAACUUUUAUGUGGAAUUUUAAAACUCUUUAGUUCUGCUCCUUUGUUCUAUAUGAUUGCUGUUUCCUUCCUGUAAUUCAGCAAUGACUGUUAAAGUGCCUUAAUCCUAGCAAGAUUUUAGAAAUUUAUUCAAGUAAUGAUGCCAGAGCAGCCUGUAUAACCUGACAUACUAUGCAGAACACUUUAAAAUAUGCUUUAACAGAAUUAGGUAAACAGCUGUUUAUCUGACAUAAGAGCUCACAGCCACUUUAACUUGAAUUUUUUGUUUAAACAUGAAGUGAUCCCCUUGUAAGGAAAUCACUUUUGCACUUAAUGAGAAGCAACAGUCUUGAUUAAUCUUUUCAUCAUAAGACAGAAUAAUAGCUUUUGAUUUAAAAAUCUGUCAGACUUCUUUUGACAGAAAAGAGAUGUAAGCUUAGAAAGCUUCUUUGUAUCUUCCAUUAAAGGAGUGGGAAAAUGAUUUUAAAAAUUUUAAGUCAUGUCUGACUCCUUUGCCUGUGUGUACUGAUCUGUAACUUUCUCUACGUUUUAAAGAAAAUCUAGAAAACAAUUACAAGCCAAAUAAAAUUGUGGGCAGCCAUUAUUUGUGUAAAGACUUUAAGGCAGUCUUUCAAUUAUAAGAAAUAGAAUAAUUUCCAAAACUAAUUUAACCAUGGAAUACUUUUUUGAAAGUAAUGUAUUGAUAACAUGUAAAACUUCUUAAAUAUAUCCCUUAAGUAUGGCAGAAAAAUGUUUCACAAAUUAAUUGCUAUUAGAAAUGACCAAAUUUUUAUUAACUAGCUAACUUGGAAUAAAAAUUGAAUAGUAGAAUUAUAAUUUUGAUAUUAUAAAAUACACAAAACAUACUAGCAGUCAUUAGGUAACCAAUAAUAAAAUGAUGGGAGUUUUGGGGUUUUUAUGGUUUUUUUUUAAUAAAAUGAUUUUUUUAUUGGUAAAUGUUACCUAUACAAUAAAAUGUAGAUCAGAAACACAUUAGAACAUCAAAAGCUCUCCCUUCUGACUUCCUGGCAUUCACAACUAAGGCACAACAUUUCUUAAAAGCAGAUUGUUGUAUGAUAAUAAUAAUGUACAUAUGUUGGGUUUUUGUUUUGUGUAUUUUUUACUUUAGAAGAAAAUAUAUUGUAGGAUAGUUCAGAGUUUAUUAUGUGUUAUUCAUGAAACAUCAUGAUGGAGUUUCAUGACUGCAGUUGUGAAACGCUGCUAUAAAGUGAAUCCCUUCACCUUGUUAGAAUGUAAUAAUGUUUUUUCCUUUUGAGAAAUUUCUAGAUCUCUAUAGGUAAUCUAGUAUGUUUCUGCUGCUUAGCAAAGUAGUACAUAGGUGAUUAGAUUAUAAAAUGAAAGUAAUGUAAACUCUUUGUUUACUUCUCCGUUUAGACACAGCAAGCUACAUAUGAAAUUAUUAAAGGAAAAGGUAACAGGCAGUGCCUAAGUGAGAAGCCCAAAGUGUUCUGUAUCUGACUUAGUUAAUAGCAAUACAUAAAAUAUUUUCAUAGAAAAUAAUGUAUUCAUAGUAAAAUACCCAAAUUGAUAGGACCAAAUUUUUCUGGCUUAAAUGCCACAGUUUACUUCCUAAUCCUUUACUAGCUUGGAUAAUCUUCCAAGAGUUAGUCUUUGUAAAAUAAAUGGGUAGGUAUAUAAGUACAGUUAAGUGUUUCCCAGCUUCCCAGAAAGAAAGUAAACUGAUUGACCUAUUACAUAUGUAAAUAGGCCCAACUAGAAACAGUUUCUGGCCUUUGCUAUAUAUGCAGAUGUGUACCAUAAUAUACAAUAACAUGUUUGUUGUACAUGUACAUUUGAAAAUCUAAGGUCAGUGUGCAGCUGUCUUUAGUGACUUUUACUGAAAUCUAUCUUUUUAAAAAAAUUUUGACCUAAUCUUUUAGAAGAGCUGCUAAUAAUUUCUAAGAUUUUCUCUGUUUCUCUUCUCUACUCUCCCCCCCUUUUUUUUUUAAUAACUUGUGAUUGUAGAAAUUAGCCAGAAGAUGAGAUACAAGGGACUUGAUAAUUUAGAAACCAGAUAAUCAACUCCUAAAUCAUAUAGUUGACUAUGUAUUGCAAUGAUAGUCUAUCUCUUUAGUUGCUAAGUCAUAUGUUUAUAUUUAAACUAGUUAAUAAACUGUAUUUUUGAGACUUAAGAAUCUGUACUAAUUUUCAUAAUGAAAUAAGUUUUUGAUAAAGCUCCAACUGGACAAUUUUAGUGACCAGAACUUCUGUGGAUAGAACUACUUAACCACAGCAUUAAUGUGUUUAGAAUGGAAUUCUUCAGUGUUAAUAUUUGAAAUGGAAAUGGGUACGUUGAACAUUCUUAGUAAUCUUUAUUCCUAGAAUCCAAUUCUCAGUGUCACCAACUCAGUUUGAAUAGUCCUAGGAUUUUAGGAAAUAAGAUUAGCUGAUAACAAUAUCUUGCUUCCUUGGUGCCAGGGAUUGGCUGACCUAAGGACAAGUUAGUCAAGGUUCUUAGGAUUCCUGGUAUUUGAAUACCAGAGGAAGAUCUGAGGGUUAUUUUGCAUUUUACUUCUCAGUGUGUGCCAGAGGAGUCUCUUGUUUGGAAAUUCUUAACUAUUUGGAACUUCAAAUUACCAAAUGUAAAAGUAAAUAUGCAUUAUAAACGGUACCUCAAAUUUGAGAAAUUUUUAUGUUGAUGUAAAUAAAAGUUAAAGGCCUAGAGCAGAGUAAUACUGCAGACCAGUCCUGCCAAACUGCCAAAAUGAUAUCAUGGUAGAUAUGAAUUUAAGCAAAAGAAGAGAAGGAAAAGGCUGAUUGCUGGAGUAUUAAAUGAAAGAAAUCUUUGAAAGUAACAAAGGGCCAGGACAGAGGAGUCACCAGAUACCCAGGUAUAUCCCUAAGCCAAGAAAGUUCUUUAAAGUAAUAGUAAAUUGUUUUAAAAUCACAUGGCUUAUUUACCACCUGAAAGCCUUUAUCUCUAAAUAUUUUUGGUUUCUGCUACUGGAAGAUUAUCCACUUCCUUCCAUAAAGAUGGGCCAGCAAGGAAAUGGGAUUUUCUUACGCCAACCUUGCUCUUUUCAAAGGGAGAAAGUAAUACCUCAUUAACCUGGAAUUUGUGUUACAGCCUUGGUUAAUGUUUACCUUGUCACUAUGUAAAAAAGAAAAAAAAUACUAAGUAAAUAAUUAGUACAAAUAAAGUUUGAUCUUUUAAAACAUUUUAGCAGUAUUUAUUUAUAUAAAAACUUAUUCUACAUAAUAAGACCCUUUUUAGGCAAAACAGUUACAAAACAUGUAUAUAAUUAAACUGCACUUAUUUAGAAAUAUCUCAUUUUUACUUAAAUGACCCCCUCACUUCUUAUCCAAAGUAGAUAUUUUAUUAUGUUAGUAUAAAUAUUACUCCCUAUUUAGUUCAAAAUAGUCAGCUUUUAAGUUGUGCUGGGUGUUAACAGUAAAGGCUGAUGUGCAUGUUUUUAGGCAACAUGAUCUGUGAUACAUAGUUCUGAUUCCUUUUGUAUAGAAAAAUACUUGACUGUCACUGUUUCUGUAUUAAGCACUAUUCUCUUAUAACACUAAUUUGAUUAACUUAAUAACAUCCACUUUUGUAUUUUCAUUAUAGUUGUGAUGUUUUUAAAGGCAGCAGUAUCUUCAUUUGUGCUCAGAAAGUGUGUGCCUUAAAUCCUCCACUGUAGACCCAAGUCUGGGGAACUGUGUCAUUUAGUAAGUUGUUUGUGACAGGGUAAUGACCCUUUGCAUUUGACUUGAGGGAGAAAGACUGAGUGACCUGAGGGAUUCCUUCCCCUAAAACAGGGCUUUUAUGGCUUUUGUAGAGGGAAUCCCAGUCAUGCAUACUAUUGGAGGAGGUCAAGUCCUAAGGAUCAGAGUCCCCUGAAAUAAAAUUAGUGAGAAGGUAUAUUCUUUUUUAUAUUAAAAAGAAAAUUUAUCUGCUACCACUAAGAGAUGACAGCAGUUCCCAACCAUCUUCAUACUAAUAGCAUGAUUUAAAGGUAUUACUGCUGUGAGGCCUAGGAUAUUUUGUGAGUGGUUUCUUUGUAACACUAGGUUGCAAGGGGCUAUAUUUUAACAUUUUACUUGUAAAUAUCUCUAUUCUUCUAUCAUUCCUUGGUCCAUAUUUGCUAAGAAUUGAUGUAGAAAAUAAUAGUUCACUAACAACAAACAUUGAACACUCACAGGGUAAUACUGAUUUGGGUGCUACUAGACUUUUACCUGAGAUUUAUCAGUGUCAAUUUAUUCUAAAGGGUAGUAUUCAAUCUAAUACAUACUAAAAUUUAUGAAUUUAAUGAAGGUUAUUUAUAUACCAUUGUACCAGUAGACCAUGGUUAGGUUGACUAAGUGCGUUUACCAGAACUUACUUUGUGAAUAAAUAACUCUUUUAUCCUACAUUGUGGUUAGAAGAAUCUGGGAUAAGACUGAAAGCGCUAUUGCUGGUACUACAAAAAUAUUACUAAACUGGUUAAUUCUUAUGUCACAACUAAUGUUUUAAGAGACUCCUUUAUUAAACGGUUGACAUUGAUGAGAUGUUAUGUAUGUUAUUGAGAAGGAAUUUAACUUCAACAAUCACUUUACAACAGUACAAUCAUGGAGAGCCCUGUGUGUCCGUAAUUAGGGUUUGUUGCAUUUCUGAGCCCACUUGUAUUCAUGAGAAACAAAUAUGGGAGAAAUAUUUUAAGUUACCAGUAUUUUAACUUUUUAUAAAGUUUGGGACUUUAUAAAACUUUAAAGUAUCAACAAAGGAUAUUAAAAUAUAUGUACUUUUACUUUAGUCAAAUUACUAAAUUUCAUUGUCUUAUUUCUUAGUUUUCAUUUAUAUUGUUUCUUAGUUUUAUGUAUUUGAAAUCUUGUGAAUUAGGAAUAUCUAUAUAAGUAUGUAGAUAUUUAAAACAAUGAUAACAAUAAAUGUAAUUCAGCAAUGUGACUCAACAAUUAAAUUUCCUUUUCAGGACAAGAUAUAGUUAAGUGCAUCAGAUUUAUGUAUUAAUUUGUAAUGGUAAAUGCUCUAGAAAAAAAUUUAAGCUACUUCAAUUCUAUACCUCCUUUCUCCCCCACAGGACAUACAAGAAAAUGUGAUGUUAUAUUAACCCUCUGUGUGAAUUUUGCCUUAUUAAACAUUGUGCCUUAUUUUAUUAAAAGUGCUUUCUUGGAA